AUGAGUCUAGUCGUUGUAAGGGAUAGUGACGAAAUUUCAGGGGAUAAGGAGAAGUGUUCCAUUGCAUAUUAUGACAAAGAUGAGAGGUUCUUGGUUGAGGGAACGAUUUGGGGACACAAGGUGGCUGUUGUCAUAGACUCGGGAGCAACAAACAAUUUUGUUUCAAAGGAUUUAGCCAUUCGUCUCAAACUGUCAAGUGAAGUGAAAGACAAAAUUUCUGUUUUGUGUGGGCAUGGGAUAACAGCAGAGAGCAAAGGAGAGUGUCGUGGAGUAAGUUUGUGGGUUCAAGACUUUGAAAUCACUGAAGAUUAUCUUAUGCUCAAUGUGAAUCAGCCUGGUGUAGACCUGAUUUUGGGUUACAAGUGGUUAGCAAAACUUGAUGAAACAUGGGUGAAUUGGCAGAAACAGACCUUAUCCUUCUUACACAAUGGAAGGUUGAUAACCUUGCAGGGCCGAGGUGAAGAGUUAAAACAGCUCCGAAGCAAAACAGAGUAUGAGGAAACUAGAAGAGCUUUCCAUAAUUACUUUGACAACUUUAGGGAGGAGACGAAGCUGUUUUGGUGGGAAGAAACAAAUGAUGGAGGCGUUGAUGUUGAGGCUUGUCUAAAACAUGUCUCUCUUAAUAUUGUUGGGACGAAUUGGAAAAACAGUGAGAAGUACCAAGAGCUGCUGUCCUUGCUUGCGUAUGUUGAACAAGAGCUGAACAAAAAUGAAGAAGAACAUGACUUGUUUCUGUCCAUGAAUCUUGAUGUUCACUUGUUCUGUCUGUGCAUUAAUGUUUCAGAGAAGGAGAAAGACAAGGGUGCUAUAGCUGUUGUUUUUAUUACAGUCCUAAGGUCAAUGGAGAGACAAUAUUAUAUGUCUGACAAAGAUAGCUCUAAUCUUUUGACUGAAGCUCCUAUCUACAGCCUUUUUCAUUCUCCGAGACCACCAGAGUUGUGGUGGAACAAGAUGUCACGAAAUUCUGGUAAAGCUCUGGUUGCUGGUCGAAAUAAGAGACGAUACGGUGAUGAUCAUGUUCAAAGGAGAAGUUCUCCAACUGAAGAUUCUCAGAUAGCUGCUAACAAGCUAACUCUCUUCUAUCUUGAGGACAAGAUAGUUCUUCACGGGGGAAGUAUUGAUAGGUUAGGAGUUCAUGUAUCUUACUUGAGAAAGAAAAAGAGAUCAGAGAGAAGAGGAGAAGCUCGUACGUGGGGAAAGUGAAGGAGGGAAAGGGAUAUACAUGGGCCUUCCGGAAGCUUUCAUCGACUCCAAAGUCAAGUCGCUUCAAUAUCUGACGGAAAAAGUAAACAAGAAGGUGCUCUCGUGGAAUUCCAACUUCCUGUCCCAAGGAGGCAAAGAGGUAAUGAUAAAAGCGGUUACUCACCCUGCCUACUUACACCAUGUCGUGCUUCAGGCUACCACGCUCCCUGUGUAAAAAGUUGGUUUCUGGAGGAAGAACCAAGAGAGCGGGAAAAGGAAUCCAUUGGAAAGCUUGGAAAAAAACUCAGUGUCCCCAAACGAGAAGGUGGGUUAGGAUUCAAGGACAUCGUAGGUUUCAACCAAGCUCUCUUAGGCAAGCAGCUAUGGAGAAUGUGCACAAACCCAUCUUCCCUUUUAGCAAAGGUCUUCAAGGUAAGAUAUCUCCCGCAGUGCAGCCCAUUAGAAGCAGGACUGGGCACUAGAACCUCUUUCGCCUGGCGGAGUAUACACAGUGCUCAAAGUCUGAUGAAGCAAGGAAUGAGAAAGAACUUUGGAGCAGGUGAUCAUAUAAAUCUCCUCAGAGACCCUUGGCUUCCUUCAUAUCCGCCCAGACCACCUAAAGUCAAAGAGGGAAUAGAACCUGACUCUAUUUGUCUCUCUUAUUUAAAGGAUUGGGAUUCGGAUGAAUGGAAAUGGCAUAAUAUCAAGUCUCUUUUCGCAGAAGAAAAUGUAGUGCUUAUCAGUCAGAUCAAACCGGCCAGAAGAAGUAAGGAAGAAGGCUUCUCUUGGAUCUAUAACAAUAAUGGAGCUUAUUCAGCUAAAUCCGGGUAUUGGAUGUGGUCUCAUACUAUUAAUCCAAUCAGAAACACUUAG